AUGUUGUCUCGAGUGUGGGACUCGUACGCUGGACGACUCAGCCUUCCUUCUUCGAUCAUUCAUAAAGCCGUCACCCCAAUCCUUUCUUCUCAACGCUCAACUGCCAAUUUACGAAUUCACGACACCAGCAACCUUGAAGAUACCCCAAAACACGCACACAUUUACUACAAGCCACUGCUCAAGAUGAAGAAAUUUGGCUUUGGAAAGAAGAGUGGUGAUUCCUCGAAGAAUGCCGCUCCAGCAGCUUCCAAUCCAUAUGCCCAACAGCCACCAGCCCCGGACCCGUACGCUCAAGACACCAACAAGUACGCAAAUAUGCCAGCGCCUUCAGCAGGCUCACCCUACCAGCAAGCCCGUUCGAACUAUGGCGGUUUACCAGGUGGCCCUGGUGCUGGUCGUGGAGGACUUCCAGGCGCCCCAGCACCCAGCAGAGGAGGAGCACCGCCACCAAAUAACCGCCAGAACUCAGGCAGUAGUGGCUACGGCAAUGAGAAAUAUGGCAGCGGUGGUGGUUAUGGUUCAAACAGAUAUGACAAUGCCCCACCAAGCUACAGUUCUGCCCCGCCAUCUGAGGCAGGGUCCAAGUACGGACCAGGUGGUUAUGGAGGAAUGGGUCGAUCUCAAAGCAGCGAAACAGCCAGCUUCAAUGACAAGAAAGACGACCCGUACGGUGCGCCAAAAGACCCAUAUGCCCAGCGAAGUGCGAUGCCACCUUCGAAUGGCCAACCUGGUCGGGGUUACGGUUCGGAGGCACCAGACGCCGCUGGCGGUGGAUAUGGCGAAGAUCGACAGCUUACCGCAGAGGAGGAAGAGGAAGAGGAUGUGAAUGCGACAAAACAACAAAUUCGGUUCAUGAAGCAAGAAGAUGUCUCGUCCACUCGAAAUGCCCUUCGGAUAGCGGCCCAAGCUGAGGAAACUGGACGGGCAACACUGGCCAGACUUGGCGCACAAGGAGAACGGAUCCACAACACUGAAAAGAACCUUGAUAUUGCUGCUAAUCACAACCGGGCUGCGGAGGCAAAAGCUAAAGAGUUGAAGACUCUCAAUCGGAGUAUGUUUGCGGUCCAUGUCAACAACCCGUUUACUGGGAAGUCAAGGAGAGAGGCUCGUGAUCGUGAGAUUAUCGAAAAACAUCAGAGCGAACGAGAUGAACGUGAGGCUACCAGAAAUGCCGCUUACGGUUCUCAACAACGUAUGGAGCGGACGUUCAAGGAGCUACAGCCAGGUGAUGCGGGUUACAGACCUAAGAAUUCCAAAGCUAGUUUGGCCGAGCGUUCCAAGUAUCAAUUUGAAGCCGACUCAGAAGAUGAAGAAAUGGAGAAUGAGAUCGACAGCAAUCUUGAUGCUUUAAGUGGUGCCGCCGGACGACUGAACCUGUUAGCGAGGGCCACUGGUGAAGAGGUCGAAGCCCAGAACAAGCUGUUGGAUAGAGUUACAGACAAGACCAACAGUGUAGAUGACCAGAUUAUGAUGAACAGAGCCAGAUUGGACCGGAUUAAAUAA